CGCCUGUGGCUGGUAUCGACAAAUAUUAGCGGUAGCGACAGCAGGCGGUCGUCAGCAGAGGCACAUCAGCAGAACACCGACAUGGAGCUGCAGGGCAAGGUGGCCAUCGUUACGGGGGGAGCUUCAGGCAUCGGCCUCGAGAUGGUCAAGCACCUCCUCCAGGCGGGACUCAAGGGCGUCGCCAUCUUGGACAUGGCGGAGGCAGUAGGCAAGGCGGCCGUGGCGCAGAUGGAGUCAGAGUUUGGUGCGAAGCGCGCCAUCUUCAUCCGCGCCGACGUCACCAAAGCUGAUCAGUUCAAGGAAGCAUUCAAGAAAGCGUCGACAACGUUUGGUGGCCUCGACAUCGUCAUAAACAACGCUGGCGUCCUUAAUGAGGACAACUGGGAAAUGACAAUUGCCGUCAAUGUGACGGCGGUGAUGCGCGGCACGCUGCUGGCGCUGGAGGCGAUGGGCCGGGACCGCGGCGGCCGCGGCGGCGCCGUGCUCAACGUGGCCUCCAUCCUGGGGCUGUCCGCCAUCGCCGGCGCGCCCGCCUACGUCACCAGCAAGCACGCCGUCGUCGGCCUCGUGCGCUCGUUCGGGAUGCCAUACCACUGGGAACGUACGGGAGUGCGCGUCAUGGUCAUAUGCCCUGGCGUGACGGAGACGCCGAUGGUGGCUGGGGCAGGAGGCCCUCAGAUGUCCUCCAUGGGGCAACUGGCCGCGCAGGAGCUCGCAGAGCUGCCACAGCAGAAGCCAGACGCCGUGGCACGAGCGGCAGUGGAGGUGCUGCGGCGAGGAGAGAACGGCUCGCUGUGGGUGUCUGAGGGCGGGCAGCCGGCCUACCAGGUGGUCAUCCCUGCCCGCGAGCAGAUGCGGGUCUGACCGCAGCCGCCGUCCAGCGGCUCACGUGCUCACGUGGCCACAGCGCGCCGACCGACGUUCCGCUUGCCUUAAACUGUGCUUCCCGUUAUCUCAAUGUCUGCACGCUUGAUUGAUUCCUCAGUUAUAUAACGCUUCGUGUGAGUUUUCUUCCAUACCUGUUCUCUUCGUUACUUUCCUAGCCGUGUUACUAAAUCUUCUGGGACUACCUUGCAUCUCGUGGAAGAAACGAAUAUAGGCAGGAAUUUUGCUCAGAGAUUGUUAAGCAUUUGUCAUACACAGAGUGUCCAUAAGGUACCGCUGUAAUUUCAAAACAAGCAUAACUUGUAAAGUGUUAGAUAUAGAACAUUGUGGUUUGCUGCAAAACAGUUACCAGCUCUCAAAGUUUUUUUCUCUCCGUUCCGCCAGAAUUUCAGUGCGUGCCUCACUAGUCGCUCGUAGAACAACAAGGCAAUAUUCGAGUUCUGUUCAUGUACACGUCAGCAUUGCAGGAUCAACAGUUCUAAAUGAUUGCUUCACUGCUUCGUGCUCGAACGAUAGGCAUGUCACUGACUAACGUUGUGUAAACGUGAUCCUUGACAAAACCGCACAGAAACUAGUCUAACGGCGUAGCAUCAGGAGAGCGCGGUAUGGCCUUUGACACUGCCUGUCUCUUUGAAGUUAUUGAACCACCUCAUUAUGCAUUUCUUGUUUUUUUCCGGUAAAUUCUUCGCACGCAUACUGGCGUCGAUAACUCCACGGUACCGUUGAAACAGAUUUGGAUUCUGCAUAUCAGAUGGCACAUUGCGUCUUCUCUUAUUCUAUCACCAUUUCCGUGCGCUCCAAAUCAAAUCUGCAACACACCAUGAAGGAAAAAAGAACACUGAAGUCUACCAAAAGUUUUGCAAAAAACCAAGCUUUUCUGUCUCUAAUAGUAGCCAAGUUAUGAUUUUUUGAAAUGAUCGUAGAACAUACUGGUCAUCCUAGUUCUUAAUAGUAAGUCCCACUACAACGAUCAUAUUGAUAUUAAAGUCUCUCAUCAUAGUGCAUUCAUUUUUAAGUCCACUGUAUAAAUAACGAACACGUAAGUACAUCAUUCAAUGCAAAAAGUAACUUAACUCAUCACAAAACUUUCAUAUUCGUCUGUACUGUUUUAUAUCCAAAUAUAUUUAGACGUAGAUAACAAGCAAACACAUCUAUCAAGUUACUCCAAGUAAUGCUGUAGUGUAAUGCGAAUAUAUAUAAGAUUUCCUAUGUGUUUCAGAUGCUAAAUAAAGUUUAUGGGAAAGUUUGGCUAAUAA